AUCUAACCAAGCUUAUCUCCUCAGCCAUGCGCCAGUGGAGACUCUUCGUGUGCAAGUAAAAAAGCUACACCGGCUAGCUUCAGUCUCUGCCUUUGAUUUAGGAUUUGGGAUUUUUUAGGACAUUUGUUGGGUUUUGUUUUGCCUUUUGGUGCUUUUAGUGUGGAAAGGAUUUACCGGUUUAUCUUUAAAAAAGAGAGUUUAGUGGAUUAAAUAAAGUAAAUACAGUAGCUAAUGCUGAAGAUAGCGCUUGUUAGUAAGCUAGGAUUUAUGGUUAGGAUUUGAGGAGACUUUUUCCUAGCUACGAUUCUGUGUUUUGUGGAAUUCAGCUUUUUAAUUUAUUUAUUUUAUUAUUUAUUUACAUGAUAUAUUUUAUUAUUUUUUUAUCUGUGUAUUUUGCUGAUACUGAAGAUGUGCUGCUAGCCAGCUGCCUGACUCUGGCUCUAUAGCCUGCUGCUGCUGCUGGUGCUGCAGGCAGGGAGGGAGGGAUGCAGAGGGAGAGAGAGAGAGAGAGGAUACUGCUGCAAAGCUGCUUAAAGCUGCAGACUGAGAGAAAAAGCCGUGUAAAAGCGUCCUAGGGGAACGCACUCCGACGGCCCUGAGCGCUGAACACCUUCUGCUACACUGAGGGUCUUUCUGCUGCUGCUGCUGCAGUCUUUAAACUAUCCAGCUCAUUUUUGGCCAUACCACAUCCUGUUCAGAUAGACAGCUCUUCAACAUGGUCGCCAUCGCACACUGCCACAGCCUCAAGUAGAAGAACAGCGGGCGUCAACUCGGCAAAGAUUUCUGGGGACAGAAGGAGCUAGGCGAGCAGUCAUGGCGGAUAAAGUGCCGUCUUUGUCGUUCUUCUACGGGAACAUCGCUCGAGAGGAGGCGGAGGAGUACCUGAGGCAUGCAGGUAUGAGCGACGGCCUCUACCUGCUGCGGCAGAGCAGGAACUACCUGGGGGGCUUCGCUCUGUCUGUGGCCUACAACCGCCAGUGCUACCACUACACCAUAGAGAAAGAGCUGAACGAGACCUUUGCCAUCGUGGGCGGAAAAUCCCACCGGACCCCGCAGGACGUGAUCGAGUACCACUCGCAGGAGUCUGACGGACUCAUCUGCCUGCUGAAGAAACCCUGCAACCGGCCGCGCGGCGUGCAGCCCAAAGUGGGGGCUUUUGAGGAUGUGAAGGAGAAGCUGAUCAGGCAGUACGUCACACAGACCUGGAACCUGCAGGGGGCUGCACUGGAGCAGGCCAUCAUCAGUCAGAGACCCCAGUUGGAGAAGCUGAUUGCCACCACAGCACAUGAGAAAAUGCCCUGGUUCCACGGCAACAUCACACGAGAAGACUCAGAGCUGCGCUUACACGGCAGCUCACGCGUCAACGGCAAGUUCCUAAUCCGGCAGCGAGACACCAACGGCUCCUUCGCGCUCGGCCUCUUACACAACCACCAGGUCAUGCACUAUCGCAUCGACAGAGACAAAGCCGGAAAACUCUCCAUUCCUGACGGGAAGAAGUUUGAUACACUGUGGCAGCUGGUGGAACAUUAUACCUACAAACCUGACGGCCUGCUGAGAGUCCUGACAGAAGCCUGCCCACACCCCGCCUUCAGCCACCAGUCUGCUGACGGCCGACCUGGAGUUCCUCCGAAUCAUCCACAGACAGGGCAUUUUCCAGGACUUCUCAACAGACUCAAAUCCUACUCCUUCCCCAAACCUGGCCAAAAAAAGGAGGGAGCUUUUAGCGGCAUUCAACUCAUCAGACGUCUGUUACCGUCCUCCAUCUCUACCAGAAAUACAUUGCCUUCCCCGACAAGGAACUCCGCCAGCAACAACAAUCCUUAUGAAAGGCCAAAAACUACAGAAAUGCCUAUGGACUCGGAGGUAUACGAGAGUCCGUACGCCGACCCUGACGAACUGCGCACCACCACUGUGGAUCGUAACCAGCUGUUCCUGGAGGACGGGGAACUGGGCUCAGGAAACUUCGGAACUGUUCUCAAAGGAAUCUACAAGAUGAGGAAAAAAGAGAAACCAGUUGCAGUGAAGAUCUUGAAGAAUGAUGAGAACAAUGAGGCAGUGAAGCAGGAAAUGCUGCGGGAGGCUGAGGUCAUGCAGAAGCUGGACAACCCCUACAUUGUUCGUAUGAUCGGCAUCUGUGAGGCGGAGAACCUUAUGUUGGUGAUGGAGCUGGCCGAGUUGGGCCCACUACACAAAUACCUGCAGAGAAACAAGCACGUCACCUCAAAGAACAUCACAGAGCUUGUUCAUCAGGUGUGCAUGGGGAUGAAGUACCUGGAGGAAAGCAACUUUGUACACAGAGAUCUGGCAGCCAGGAACGUUCUUCUGGUCACCCAGCACUACGCCAAGAUCAGCGACUUCGGCCUGUCCAGAGCCCUUGGAGAAGAACGCAUUUAUAACUGCUUAUGUCCUGGUAAGUGGCCUGUAAAGUGGUACGCUCCAGAGUGCAUGAACUUCUUCAAGUUCUCCUGUAAGAGUGACGUGUGGAGCUUCGGGGUUCUGAUGUGGGAGGCUUACUCAUACGGACAGAAGCCAUACAAGGGGAUGAAGGGCAAUGAGGUGAUCCAGAUGGUUGAAAGAGGGGAGAGAAUGGCUGCUCCAGCCGACUGUCCACCUGAGAUGUAUGAACUCAUGAAGAAAUGCUGGACGUACAAGGUGGAUGAUAGGCCUGGCUUUGCUGUGGUUGAGCCCAGACUGAGGGAGUACUAUUAUGAUAUUUCUCAAUGAUCAGAGCUCAUGCUGGAAGACGACCCUCAGCUGUUUGUACAUGGAGUUUAAAUCGUUUCAGAUUUUAGGCCCACUUUUUCAAACCUCAAUUUUUAACAUAAUUAUGCUUGAAAAGUCUGAUGGAGGAAAAAAUAAGAAUGGAACUAGAAGGACUGAACAUUUUUUCAUUAUUUAACUGAGAGCUUCUGCGGAGAUGUUUUUUUUUUUUUUGUAAUGCACCUCAAGCCAAAGUUAUGAUCAGCAACUGCUUAUCUCGCCAGUUUUCCUAUAGCAAUACGCUGUUUAUAAUAAUAUCAGUUUCUGUUGUAUCAUUUUUUCUACAUUUAUACUUCUCUUCAGCUUAGCAAUAUGAUGCAGUGUAAUGGAGUAGCGGAUUUUGAAAUGUAGCCGUUAUAGUUUUGGCUGAAAUCACAGCUGUGCGGUGCUAAAGGAGAAUAAUGAAAACUGGAGGCUGUGACAGGUUUGUGGAGAAUGAAUUUCAGCUGCAAAAGCAACAGCAGCGUGAAGUGUGACUGGACACCAGCAGACAGUGUGGACAUUUUGAAGACGUUCUCACAGUGUUUUGAACAAGUAGUUAGUGAUGGGUUUUUUUUGAAGAUCCCUGAAUUAUUCAUAAUGUAACACAUUCAACAAAAGCCUGGUGUAAAAAGCUAAAGACUGCUGCAAUUAAUGGCAGUCCAAACUUACUGACUGUGUUUCUGAGGUGUACAGUGUAGCAUAAUGCUGUGUUUUCCUUCAACAGUAUUCCAGUUAAACAUUAACUGUUAAAGGAGAUGGAAAGUACUGUGUGUCCAUCUGAUUUAAUGCGGUACAAAUGAAUGGAAAUGAUAAAAUAGAACUGUAUAAUAUUACUGAUUUGACUACUGUUGAUGUUCAGUGCAUCCAUCAUGGAUUCUGAACUCGGGGUUAUUGAGGCUUUCCCGAAAUUCUGAUAAGAAAUCAGACUUUUUGGGGCGUUCCAGUUAAAGCAUCCCAUAUGUAACUUGGUAAUUCCAACUGCAAAGUUGAAAUAGAAUGCAGCAUAAACCCAUACUCAACAGUAACAGUAAUAGUAAUGAUAGAGUCAAAUAAAAUCAAAGCAAAGUGCUCUUUGCUUCUCAGUAUCCUUUGCUUUUGUUCCCAGUUGCUUCCACUUAUUUGUUAUAAUAUCACUUACAGCUGACUGUGGAAUAUUAAAUAGUGAGGAAAGUUCACGACUGGACUUGUUGUACAGAUGCUGCAUCCGAUCCCGGUACCACACUGGAGUUUACUAAGCUCCUAAGAGCUGAGACCAAUUCUUUCAGUAAUGUUUGUAGAAGCAGCCUGCAGCAUGACUAGUCUGUGCUUGGUUUUAUAUAAUACCUGAGGGCAUGGAAAUGAUUGAAAUGAUCUCAAUGAGUGAGUUAAAACUUUUGGCACUAUAGUGUAUGUAUUUGUGUGCAAAUGACCAUCAAAAAUAAAGUGCUUCCAAAAUCAUUUCCUCUGUUGGAAAUGUAAUUGAUGUAUACUUUGCAGUACUGCCUAAGUAUUGCCCAUCUUAAAUACUGUGUUGACUCGUUUCUUAUAUCCGUUCCCAAUACAAGUUCUACAUUAUGCAAGUUUCAGUUGUUCAUUUCUUUCUGAUCUGUUUCCUAAACAAAUUUUAAAAAGUAUGUAAGAGAUUUGUAUCCUCUGGUGAUCGUGUGAUAAGUGUUUUUCUUUUAUACAAUGAGAAAUUUAGGUUAGGACCUCCCUCUCCCCCAAUAAUUAAGUGCAAUGGAAAUGUGGAAAAUGAAAUGAAAAUACUGUGGAAUCCUUCCCUGAUCUAACCAGCGCUGUCGCUCUUCUUUUUGCACACCUCCUCUGGUCUUCCAUGCUUCCAUGCAACAGAAUUUGAAUGCAAACUUGUGAUGUGUUGAGUUGAUCUUUGUACAAACAGCUCUUUCAAGCCGUUUGUCCAAUAAUUCAUAAAUAAAGAACUAUUUUAAAUCA